GUUCACAUUCGCCCACCCGAAAAAAUUCUAGGGCUCGUUACGUCCCCCCUCUCUCUCUAGGGUUUCUGCCCAUGGAACACUAGCUCGUCGAUGGAACCAGGCCCUCCGAUCUGAAUUCGGACCACCAUGGGCGCCCUGACGGACACCCGCAAGCGCCGCUUCGUUGACCACCACCGCCUCCCCUUCUCCCCCCACCCCCUCUCCGAUUCCUCCUUAUCUUCCCCUCCCCCGCUUUCCAAGAAACCCAAGCUUUCGUCCCCGCCGCCUGCCCCCCAGCGCGUCCCUGAAGCACCGCCGCCGCCGCCUGACGCCGCCCGUCCCCCCACCCUCCGCCGCUUCCCCCCCGUCGCCCCCCUCAGCCGCCCCGUCCACGGCCCCCAGCGGAUCCUCAGGGCCUUCGGCCUCGGCGCGGCCGGGUCGGUUCAACCCCGCUCGCUGGAUCUCGUUCUAGGGAGAGAACCGGAUAUCGAGAUGGGGGGUCUCGUGUCGCGGUACCUCCAGGCGAAGAAAGCUGCGUCUUUGUCUUCUUCAAGGCAGCGGCGGGAGAAGGGGGAGGUGUCGUUUGGUCAUGGUAGGGUUCAGGGAUUGGAGGACGAUGGAAGUCAUGAAGGGUUGGGAUUGGAGCAGUACAAGAAGUUGGUGAGUAGCGUGAAGGAGGGGCAUCCGGUGGUAUCGGAUUCACGGUUGGCGGAGGAGUUGGUCAAGUUAGGGUCCCGGCAGUCACCACCGGCGGUGUCGGAUCUGACAGCCGUGGUGCAGAGGGCUGAGGAGCUAUCUGAUUCGCCUGCCAUGAACCGGAAGGUGGAGGAUGCGAGUGUUGUGGAGCUGGAGUCCACGCCGGCGAGGGAGGAGAAGGUGUGGGUCAAGAAGAGCCCACUGUACAAGGAGCUGUAUGAGGAUUCUGUAAGGAAGCAUGAUUCGAAAUUGAGUAGCUUGGAAUUUGAAGUGAAGUUGGCCGAGAAGAAGAUAUCUUCCUUCCGCUUGGCUCAUGAGGCGCUGAAAAAGAAACCCAAGGAGGACUUGGAUGAACCUUUUGUCCCUCUUACAGAUGAAGAAGAGGAGGACGUAUACCUUGCUCUGCAUGGUAGAAACAGUCGUGAAGUCCUUGUCAUCCAUGAACCUUCUAACAUUGAAAUAACAAGAGAGAUCCUGCAGUGCUUGAGUUGUGGUGCUUGGCUAAAUGAUGAGGUCAUAAAUCUGUACCUUGAACUAUUGAAGGAGAGAGAAAGAAGGGAACCAAAGAAGUUUUUGAAAUGUCAUUUCUUUAACACAUUUUUCUUUAAGAAGCUUAUUAGUGGGAGAAAUGGUUAUGAAUUCAAGGCUGUAAAAAGGUGGACGACACAAAGGAAGAUAGGGUACGGCCUUAUUGAGUGUGACAAAAUUUUUGUUCCAAUACACAAAGAGAUACACUGGUGUUUAGCAAUUAUCAAUGUAAAGGAUAAGAAGUUUCAGUAUCUUGAUUCACUUGGUGGAAUGGACAUGACGGUGUUGAGAGUAUUGGCGAGAUAUUUCAUGGAUGAAGUUAAGGACAAGAGUGGCAAAGAGUUGAGCACACAGUCUUGGAAGCAAGAAGCAGUUGAUAACCUUCCUCUCCAGAAGAAUGGGUGGGACUGCGGGAUGUUCAUGCUAAAGUAUGCAGACUUUUACAGUAGAGGUUUGGACCUCUGUUUUGGACAGGAACACAUGGCAUAUUUCAGGAAGAGGACAGCCAAGGAGAUUCUGAGGCUGAGAGCUGAAUGAAUCAAAGCACACGUAUGGGAAUUUUUUAAACCCUCAACAGGUUGUCACAAACUGGAAUUACAGUUUCAUACUGAUAAGCUACGUGAAUGUGGUUCUUGGAUAUGCCUCUGGCCAUCAUUUGGUUCCAGAAGCAGCACUUGAUUGAGGCAUUAAGUGGAGCCUAUGAACAUUAGUUCCAUCUGCAUGCUCCAGUCAGAGUAUACACAAGCAUUUGUAAACCAAUUAGUGGAAACCUUGAUCGGUGAGAAACGGCAAGAUAUGUUUUUGUUUUAGAGUGCUCUCUUGGUUGAGUGCUAUCAUGCCCCUUUUUCAUGUCUUUACCCCUUGAGAGCAGGGCCAAUUAUUUGCAUGUUUGUAGUUCUACUUUUUGCCUUUAUUUUUCCUAUGUAGGGCAUCAACUGUCAUAUAACUCAGAUUUGUAUGGAUCAUUGGUUUUUGAUAGAGGAUGAAUCAGCAGGUCGUUUUCAAUCUUGAA